UGCAGUGUUUUCAUAAUAACCCUGGCAAUAAAUUCACUCGUCAAAUCUCAAAUUCUUUCAAUCCUUCCAUAUCCAAAUGGAUUCAUUUCAUAAUAAUCCUGGCAAUAAAUUCACUCGUCAAAUCUCAAUUUUUUUGUAUAAAUUCUCAUCCCAAGCUUGGUUUCAGUACUUAAUAUUCCACCAAAAAUUAUAUCAACAUGAAACUUUCACUGCCAACACAUGUUUGCUGCUCCUCUCUUGCUACCAAUUAGCCCUGCUCACCGUAUCAUGCAAUGCUAAUCACCAAAUUAACAACCUCAAUAAGUUGAUUAAGUCUCGCAAAUCUGGGACUAAUCCUCCUCCUGAUCGUAAAUCGUGGGUUGGCUUAGAUGAUGUAGAGGACUCUUUUUCUCCGGUGUACGUUGGCCCCCAACAUGGGUUGAAGGAAGCUGAUAAAAUUGAAGCUUUGCCAGGUCAACCAGCUGAAGGAGUAAACUUUGAUCAAUAUGCAGGCUACGUUACUGUGGACCCUAGAGCUGGGAGAGCUUUGUUCUACUACUUUGUAGAGUCACCCCAUAAUUCUUCAACCAAACCUCUAGUGUUAUGGUUAAAUGGAGGACCAGGAUGCUCGUCGCUUGGAUAUGGAGCCAUGGAAGAACUUGGACCGUUCAGGGUCAGCAGUGAUAACAAGACGCUAUACCGUAAUGACUACGCUUGGAACAAGGUGGCAAAUGUGAUUUUCUUGGAGUCUCCAGCAGGAGUUGGGUUCUCAUAUUCCAACACAUCAUCUGACUACGAAAGCGUGGGUGACAAGCAAACGGCAAAGGACUCCUACACAUUUCUUGUAAACUGGCUGGAGAGGUUUCCUCAGUAUAAAACCAGAGACUUCUUCAUCGCUGGAGAGAGCUAUGCUGGCCAUUAUGUGCCUCAACUUGCUCACACCGUUCUCUCACAAAACAAAAUCAACAAUCAAACAAAAAUUAUCAAUCUCAAAGGCAUUGCAAUUGGGAAUCCUUGGGUGGAUGAUUAUGACGGUGAAAUGGGAGUUUAUGAUUACUUGUGGACACAUGCUUUGAACUCUGACGAAACUCAUGCAGCAAUACACAAGCAUUGUGCUGACUUUGCUUCCGAUAAACCCUCCGACAUAUGUCUUAAAUAUCAACUCCGAUCAGAGCGCGAACUUGGAGACGAUAACAUUGACAUUUACAACAUCUACGCUCCCCUCUGCAGAAAAUCAGAAUCCAAAUCUGUCUCAACUGGUUCCGUUCAUCAUUUUGAUCCAUGCUCUAGUAAUUAUGUGGAGUCGUAUCUAAAUCUUGUUCAAGUGCAAUCAGCUCUUCAUGUUAAAGCUACGAAUUGGUCAGCUUGCGGUAAUAUUGGAUGGACGGACAGCCCAGUGUCUGUUCUACCCACAAUAAAGCAGCUCACAGCCAGUGGGAUAAGUUUUUGGAUAUAUAGUGGAGACACUGAUGGGAGAGUACCAGUCACAUCUUCCAGAUACUCCAUAAACAACCUUAAGCUGCAGCUCAGGACUUCAUGGCGGCCAUGGUACUCUGAUGGCGAGGUUGGAGGAUAUGUGAUUAGGUACAAAGGGUUGACAUUUGCCACAGUGAGGGGAGCUGGGCACAUGGUUCCCAGCUAUCAACCACAGAGAGCGCUUACCUUGAUCUCAUCUUUCCUCAAGGGGAAGCUUCUUCCUUCCUCUUAAGAGUACUCAAUUAUUUAAUUAUCCUCAACAUUAUUUGAAUAUCUAUGUAUUUAAUUUAUUUCCAAGGGUUCAACAGUGCUUGAUCUGUAAAUCCUGUUUUCAAUUCUUAUUCAAUAAUUGAAGCUCGAGAAUAAAAAUAGUUAUAAAUCACUCUAAUCUAUCCUUCAUUCAUCAGCAUCGUUACGGCUGUUAAAGUGUGUGACAUAAGAUAAAAAUGAAAAGAACUCUCAUAAAAUGAGCUUUCACUGUAAGAAUAAUAAAAAAUGUACAAAGCUAGAGAAAGAAUUCCCUACCUUUUAUUUAAAUAACGAAUUAUACAUCUAAGAGAACAAGCUUUCUCUUCCACAUUUGAUCCCAACAGCCUUUUCACAGGCCGCUUAGAGGAAGCUCUGUCUGCCGAAUGAAUAUGGUCCCUCUGGGGUGUUAAAUAUCUCCACCUCUUUCUGUCCUGCUGCUUGCAGAAUAUUAAAUGCUUGCUUUGCAGCUGGUUUAUGCAGAAAUUGUGAAAUUUCGCUAUCCGUGUGUUUGUUCUUCGUGCUGCCUCAAUUCUACACCAUCUCCUUGUCAGCCUUCAUGGGCCUGGGAGAAAACUG